ACAAGCAUUUUAUUAACACGGAAGGGAAUCAAAACCACUAGACCCCAAUCAAUGGAAAUGAGGAACCCUUGAAAAUUCUAGCAAACAAAAGCGACAAUGAUGCCAAUCGCAGAUAACCAGAUUCCACAACCGGAACAGCAUCAAGUGGACUACAAACAAAAAUACAAGGCGUUGAAGAAAAAGCUUAAGUUUCUUGUUUAUGAGCAAGAAUGCUUCCUGGAGGAGUUAAGAAAAGCACAGAGGAAAUUGUUAAAGAUAUCUAGAGACAGAAGCUUUCUGUUGGAUAGACUCUUGCAACAUGAGAAAAUAGACGAAUCUUCAGGGGAUUCCGAUGCUACUGCUUCCAGUGACAGUGAAGCAGAAGGUCAAAGUUCAAGAAAAAGGAAAGCUGGUCUGAGUCCAGGUCAGAUUGCCCAGUAUGGUGGAGACCCUGCAGCCAUAUUGGGGAGCCUUGGGGCAACUGGAACUCCUUCUGGUGCAUCUAGUCUGCUGGUAGCAGCUGAACCUGCCAAGAAGAAGUCUAAAUCAAGUGCUAAGAAAGGAGUGCUUUCUAAGGGAGGUAAGGUAUCUCAAGGUAAAGAAAAAGUAGCAAGUCAUAUGACCAGGGAGGAGCUGGAGCGCCACCUAGAGUCACGACAGAAUGUGUUUGGGAUAGAAAAAGCCCCCAUGAUGUUGCCAAUGGAAAUCUUCAGUAAUGAUAACUCAAAUCCAGACAGUGAAUCUGCUCUGGAAAAUCUGAAAGAGGAAGAUGAGUGUGACCUUCUUGUUGAUUCUGGACAGUGAAGAGUCCUGGACACAUACAGAUGGUAUAUCGGGUACAUUACCACAGGAGUACAUUACUGUGGUAAUGUAAAGUAACUUGCGGAUGAACAAGUGACGGGGCCAGACAAAUUUACAAACACGACUCAGAAUCUCAGGGGGAACUGCUAGAACUAGGGUUUUCACGCCAGAGGUAUUUUUGUGUUUUUCUGUGAAUUUGCUAAAGCAAGGAACAUUUCUAAAACAUAUCAUACAAUAUACCUAUCAAUAUCGAAGCUUAUACUAAAAUACAGCACAAAAAGAUAUUGAUGUAGAGUGAAAUAUAGCAAUAUUGUGUCUUCAUAAUAAAGUAAGAAGAUACUUCUGUGAUCUAAUGAACACAAUGCGCCUUAUGGAAUUGCAUUGUUUUGAAGACCAACCCCAAUGGAACGGAUUUAUUGUGAAUUUGCCAGCUAUGUAAUAAAACUAUGCUGUUGGACAUCUAUUAUUUACAAUAAGCAAAUUCUGGUUCUGUGCCUGAUGUGACUUGUAUUAAAUCAGUACUAAACUGUAUUUAUACCUAUUUUGGUGUUAUAUGUGUGUUAAGGUGCUGGACCACAAGAUGUCAUAGUAUUUGAUAUUGUGCAGAAGUAAAAACGCUGUUAAAGUUGCAUGGUCAACUCAUAGGCAUGUGAGAUUUAUGUUGUGAAAUAGAAAUGAAACAGCAAAAUUGUAAUAUGCCCUUGAUCACUGAGUGUGGAAAGUCUGCCAAAUAAAUAACAAAAUUGAUUCUCUUCUUUCAACAAAAUGUACUACACUGUCUAUUUGAGAAAGAGUUAAAAAGAAAUUCUUUAUAUUGUACCAGAUACUCAUGUGAAUACAACUUACCAUUUAGUCCCGAGAGAAUAUUAGGAGCAUAUAUACUAACAGGAAAAAAUAGUUUCAACUAUUCACUGGUAAAAAUCCCAUUUUCACAAAAAUUUACCUAUGAGUAUAUGCUGUUGUUUCUUUAUAUUAUUGUUAGAGUACUUAUUUUAGUGGUCACAGAAGUAUUCUAUCUGCAAUAGAAAAAUAUAGAAACUUCAAAUAGUGCAGUCAUAAUUUAGCACAAUGUUUCAAGUGUGAAAAAAAGCACUAAGAUUAGAAUAUGGCUAAAAUAUGUAUGCUAACAGUAUGUUGAUUUUGUGAUGGGGUACAGUUGAAUUUGCAUGGUUACUUCUCAAACACAUUAAUGCUCCACUUAGGUCAGGUUUUCACUUUGACAUAGCAAGGUACAAUUCUGUGGAACUAUCUCUCAAAUUUUCUGUCAAGUCACAUACGAUUUAGAUGGAUGCAACACGAUAGCACCUGGCCAAGUAAAUGAAAUAACAAGAGUUGGAGUAAUUUAAUAUUGUAAACUUCUACUCACUGAGUAGUUACUGAAUAAAUGUAUACAUAAAAA